AUGCAACGACGUGUUAGUAGACGUAAUUAUCCAAGAAGAGGUUAUAAAAAACGUACAACUUUGAAACGACAAGCAUUUGGUAAUUUUGCAAGUGCUAUGCAGCAACGAGAUAGUACUAAUGUAGUUAUUAGUAUGCAAGAGGAUGUUUCUAUUAAUGUUCCAGUUGGUGCAAAUGAAGGUACAAUGUUGAGGAAUGUCACUGCUUUGAUGACUUCUACACAAUAUUUUCAUAAUUAUAUGGGAAUGUAUGAUCAAUUCAAGUUAAAUGCUGUCAGAGCAUCCAUGGAAAUGACAUUCAUUGGAAAUCAGUUGUUAAAUAGUGCAACAUUCCCUUCUAUAUGUACAGCAUGGGAUCGUAAUGGUGUUAGAAUUAAUACUGCUGUUAUUAAUAAUACGAGAUAUUUCCAAUUACCUGCUUAUUCUUCUGUUUCUUCUUAUUCUAGUGCAAAUGAAAAGACAUUGUAUUAUGGUAGUAGAUGGGGAGUAGUGAGACAAUUAGAUGCAGCAUCUAUGAUGGAAAAGUCUAUGUAUUUACCAACAACUAAUACUAGAGAUGUACUUAGUAUGGAUAACAUGUAUAGUGCAUGGAAUCCUCAAUUACUUAUCGCUAUAAAAACUCCUCAAGCUGUUAAUGUUGCCAAUGCUUGUACUCUUACUAUUCAUUGGCAAUUUGAUGUUACAUUGAGAGGUUUGAGAAAAGUACUCGUUACUGAUGAAAAUUCAUUUAAACCUUAUGCUGGGUUUAUUGGUUAUGCUCGCAAUAAUAAUGGACUUGUUGUACCUAGUAAUAUUCCUAAUGCUCAACCUCCGUAUAUUUUAGUUGGAGCUAUUGCUAAUGGAUUUGCUCCAUCAAUUAAUCCUGAGACUGUUUAUGAUAAUGCCAAUGAUGCAUAUUCUAACGGUGGUGCUGGAAAGUAUGUUUCCAGACAAUAUGAUAAACAACCCAUUGAUAAUGAACAACAGUUUUAUCAAUUUGGUGGAAGACCUUAUAAUCCACCACUUCCAGAUGAAUCUCUUCAAAAUAUAGUUAGUAGGGAAUUGGAUAAACGAUUAGGUGAAGAAGGUAGUUUUUAUAAAGAAAACAAUAAACGACAGAAAAAGAUUGAUGAUGAUAAUAAAAGUCUGUAUAGAGCUAUUCUACGUGCUCAACAGGAUAAUCUUAAAAAUGUUCAUCAUAUUGAACGUUUAGAGUCUGCAAUUAAAAAAUAUAAACAAAAUGCUGAACGAUUUGUUACAGUUGAAGAUUUAGUUCGUGAAAAUAGAGAAAUGAUAAAUGAAAAUGUGAAUAAGAUUAAUGAAUUAAAAAUACAAUUUGGUGAUUUUAUUCCUCGUAAUGUUCGUACUCAAAUAAAGGAUCUUACAGAACAAAAUUCAGUAUUGAAACGUCGUGUAUCUCAAAUUGAAAGGAAUAAUGGGAUAUUUGUUACUCGUGCAGAGUUAAAUGCUUUCAGAGAUUUCUAUGAACCUCUAAUUGAAAAACAGGGUUCUAGAUUACAAAAUAUCGAAGAACGAGUUAAUGUCAUGAGAGGAUUAAUUGAUAAAUAUCCUGCCUUUGAGAAUGAAUUACAGAAUCUAUCUAAUGCUUAUCGGAAUAUGGGAAUGGUAUUUUCUAAACAAUAUGAUGAUUUAAAUUCUCAAUUUAGACAUUUGAAUACAAUAAGUCCAGAAAAUUUAAAUGCUGUUAGAGCAGAUUUGGAAUUAUAUAAAAACCACCUUCAAAAAGAAAUACAAUUACUUUAUAAGACUAAAUUGGAUGUUAAUGAUGCUGCUAAGUGGUUUGAUCAGACAUUACCUAAUACAUAUAAUCGAAAUGAUGUAAAUGCUUUAUUAGGACAAAUUAAUGAUUAUGUAAAGAAACAAGAAGGAAUUAUUAAGGAUAUUGAUUCAAGACUUGCUGAACAGAACCGAUUUUCAUUGAAACAACUCGAUGCUGUUACAGAUAAGGUCAAUUUAUAUACAGAACGUCUUGAUAAAUUAGAAAAGAAAUCAGAAGAAUGGAAAAAUGUUUUUGAUGUUGUUAAUAGAUUACCUGAACAUAUGAAAAUACCAUUAAAUGAUUUACUUAAAGAUUUAUUGGAAGAAAGAGAACCCGCUAAUUUCACUAGAAGAAUGAGAAUACUUGAGAGUGAAGUGAAAGCUCUUAAUUCAUCAAUACAUAAAAUUGGUAGUGGUAAAACAGAAGAAAUUACUCGUGUAAUAAGUUUGGUGAAUAGUAUACAAAAUGAUAUGAAUUCAUAUAAAAAGAAGGGACAAAUAAUAAAUGCAGGAGAAGAACAAUUUUAUAGUGAUGAUCCGGAUAUGAGACAGAGUAAAAAGGCAUUUGAAAAUACACGCCAAUUAUUAAUUUCUCGUUUUAAAGAUGUUAAUAAGUAUAUAAAAGAUGAUGAGGUUCGGGGUGCACAAUAUAAUGAUGUAAUAAGUAAUGUUAAUGCAAUUAUGAAACAAUUUGAAAAUAUUGCUCAGUCUUUUAAUGCUGAAUAUGUUGUUCCUGUUAAUGAUAUGCAAAAUUUUCAUGAAAGUAUGAUGAUGGUUUUGAGUGGUAUUAUGGAUGAUAAGUCUAAUGUUGAUGAAAUUCGUUAUAAAUUGGAUGUUGCUUCUCAUGAUUUUGAUAAAUUACGAGGUUCUUGGAAUGAUAAUAGAAAUGCGGGUGCUAAGAUUAUUGCAAAUAAGUUAGCUGAACGAAAUGGUAUAAAUAUUAAUGAUUUUGUUGAAUAUGCUCAGAGUUUUGCUGUACGUGGUGGUGCAGAUUCUUAUGUUUCUGAGAGUGUAAUACAGCCUAGAAAAAGAAUGAUAAGAGAUGAUAUUUCUUCUGAUUCAAAUUCUGGAUUUGACAAACGCGGAGAUGAAACAGUUACACUGAGAGAAGGAAAUCGUGGAUAUGAAAUAAUGGGUAGACAUAAAAUUGAACCUAAAUAUGAUGCUAUUCCCAUUGCUUCGGAUUAUAGACAGAAGACAAAUGAUUUGAUGCGUUCAUCUUAUAAUGAAUAUGAUUACGAGAAGUGGUACAAAGAAGCUAGAGGAAGAAUAAAGGAACGAGUAAAGAAAUAUUAUGAUAAUCCAGAAAAUGAAAGAGAAGUUGUCGAUAUUAAUGGACAUAUUACUGAAUCUAUUCCAAGGGGCGUGUAUGACAUGAUUGAGGCGGAUGAAAUUGGACGAUAUGAAAAGCGCGUGAGUGCUUCGAAAAGAAACAAUUUAAUAUUGAAACGUACCAUGGAACGCAUUAAUAAACAUGCAUGGGAAGAAGCGGCGAAGAAGGAUAAAACGGUGAAACCGAGAAAAAUAACAAAAAUUUCAAUGGUAAAAGAUAAAAAGAAGUAA